AUGGGACAACAACAGUCCGGUUUCGGUGGAAGAGGCAACGACCGCGGUGCUGGAGAUGGUGACAAGAAGGAAAAGAAGAAGUACGAAGCCCCAAUUCCAUCAAGAAUUGGAAAAAAGAAGAAGGGAUCAAAGGGUCCGGACGCUGCUAGCAAACUUCCAGCAGUUACCCCUCAUGCCAGAUGUCGUCUGAAGUUGCUGAAGAGCGAGCGUAUCAAGGAUUAUCUCUUGAUGGAGCAAGAGUUCAUUCAGAACCAGGAGCGGCUGAAGCCACAAGAGGAGAGACAAGAGGAAGAGCGUGCCAAGGUCGACGAGCUUCGCGGAACACCAAUGGCUGUUGGAUCUCUUGAAGAAAUCAUCGAUGACCAACAUGCAAUCGUGUCGACGAAUGUUGGUAGCGAGCACUACGUCAACAUCAUGUCCUUCGUUGACAAAGAACAACUCGAACCAGGAUGCUCCGUUCUUCUGAAUCACAAGAAUCAUGCAGUCAUCGGAGUACUUUCUGAUGACACGGACCCAAUGGUAUCCGUCAUGAAACUUGAGAAAGCCCCACAAGAAACAUAUGCUGAUGUUGGAGGACUUGAUCAACAAAUUCAGGAAAUCAAGGAAGCAGUUGAGCUGCCGCUCACUCACCCGGAAUACUACGAAGAGAUGGGAAUCCGACCGCCAAAGGGAGUCAUUCUCUAUGGUUGCCCUGGAACCGGAAAGACCCUCCUUGCUAAAGCUGUUGCCAAUCAAACCUCAGCAACAUUCCUUCGUAUCGUCGGUUCCGAGUUGAUUCAGAAGUACCUCGGAGACGGACCAAAAAUGGUUAGAGAGCUUUUCCGCGUUGCCGAAGAAAAUGCUCCAUCAAUUGUUUUUAUUGAUGAAAUUGAUGCUGUCGGAACGAAGCGUUAUGACUCUAACUCUGGAGGAGAGCGUGAAAUUCAGCGUACUAUGCUCGAGUUGCUCAAUCAACUUGACGGAUUUGACUCGCGCGGAGAUGUCAAAGUUCUCAUGGCCACGAACCGUAUUGAAUCAUUAGACCCCGCCCUGAUUCGUCCUGGUCGUAUUGAUCGUAAAAUUGAGUUCCCGUUGCCUGAUGAGAAAACGAAACGCCGUAUCUUCCAGAUUCAUACAUCCCGAAUGACUCUCAGUGAAGAUGUCAAUCUCGAAGAAUUCAUCACAGCUAAAGACGAGUUGAGUGGUGCUGACAUUAAGGCCAUGUGUACAGAAGCUGGUCUGUUGGCUCUUCGUGAACGUCGGAUGCGUGUAACAAUGGAGGAUUUCCAGAAGUCGAAAGAAAAUGUUCUCUACAGAAAGAAGGAAGGAGCUCCAGAAGAACUUUACUUGUAA